UAUUUCCGUAUAGCCGUGUCGCUACAGCGAGCCAUCUUGCUUCAGACGCCGAUCGUUACUCGUUCAGUGUUCAAUUAUUAGCAUUAUUUUCAGUGAUUUAGAGUAUUUAGUGCGUACAUACAACAACUGCAGAAAUAAGUUUACAGAAAUCAUCAGAAUGAGCACCCGAGUAUUCGUUGGUGGAUUAACAUACCGGGUGCGAGAGCGCGACCUUGAGAAGUUCUUCCGGAAAUAUGGUAGAAUCAAGGAGGUUGCUAUGAAGAAUGGAUUUGCCUUUGUGGAAUUUGACGACUACAGAGACGCGGAUGAUGCAGUUUACGAGCUAAAUGGAAAGGAGCUUCUUGGAGAGAGAAUUACUGUAGAGAGGGCCCGGGGUACACCUAGGGGUAGUGACCAGUGGCGCUAUGGUGACUCCCGUGGUGGUUAUGGGGACUCGAGGCGAUCUGCAUAUUCGCACAUCGCCGAUCCAGGGAAGAAAACUAUCGAUGGUUCUAAAAACAAGAGCCGAGACGAUAUGCGGCACGACAGAGAUAGUGUGAACAGAAACACGAGGACUGCAUCUAGCUACAAGCAAUCAUUGCCCAGAUAUGGACCGCCAACCAGGACUGAAUACCGCCUCACAGUGGAAAAUCUCUCGAGCAGGGUCAGCUGGCAGGAUUUAAAGGAUUACAUGAGACAAGCUGGAGAAGUAACUUAUGCUGAUGCUCACAAACAACGAAGAAAUGAAGGAGUUGUAGAAUUCGCUACGUACUCUGAUUUGAAGAAUGCUAUUGAAAAAUUAGAUGACACCGAACUUAAUGGUCGCAGAAUCCGUUUGAUUGAAGACAAGAGACGCGGACGUCGUUCAAGGUCCUCCAGUUCCAGAUCAAGGUCACGAUCCAGGUCCCGAUCCCGUCGUCGAUCUCGCUCCCGUUCAAGGAGUCGUCGCAGCUCUAGAAGCCGCAGUCGCCGCAGCAGCCGGUCCAAGUCAAGGGCUCACUCAAAAUCUAAAUCAAAGUCCAAAUCCAAAUCCCCCGAGCGCAGUCGCUCGCGAUCCAAGUCCAAAUCAAGAGACCGCUCAAAGUCGAAAUCUAAGUCCAAAUCCAGAUCUCGUUCUAGGUCCAAGGCUGAGAGGUCAAAGUCGAGGUCGCAGUCGAAGUCCAAAGCGAAGUCGCCCUCAAAGGAAAGAUCCAGCAGGGAACGUUCCAGAGGGGAUAGAUCGAGAUCUCGAUCGCUGAGCAAGCACAGCAAGAGCCGUAGUCGUUCGCAUUCGCCUAUGAAUGGUGAUAAAUCACCAGAUUCGAAGCAGAAGGACGAUUGAGCAUUAAAAGAUGUGAAAGUGGUUCUAAAUACGGAUUAAGGUCAUUUUCUUUAUUUCUUUUUUUUAUCUAUAUUGAUUACAUCCAAGAAGCCAAAUUCGUCUCUAAUUUUGGUUGAUGAAUUAGGGUAAUGAAUUUCCAUCAAGCAAUAUUCAUCUUACACUUUCAUAUAGAAUAUGUUUCAUCUCAUCACAUCUUAAUUUGAUUGUUCUGAAAUUAUGAAUACUUUUAAAUGAAAUUCAUAUUGCACCGAAUUCGAUGCUCCUGGCUAAGUUUAAUAUAGUCUGUUAGUUGGAUUAUUCUUAAUUCAACACUCGAGAGACCUACUUGUACGAGCCGCACGCAUUUAGAUAUUUAAGGUUUUCUCAACCUUAAACGGACUCUACACAGUUUUUGAUGUAACGCCGUAAUCAUAGGAAUUCCCCUUGGCUGGCUUUUUGUAUAUAUUCCAGAUAACUACAAUACUUUAAGGGAUAUUAAUAUGUGAUGUGUAUUAAAUUUAGUGGUAAGUCUUAAUAAUAAAGACACCCUAAUGU